UGGGACGUUGUUAAACCAACGAAAUUGACCUACGAACUUUUUUAUCGUCUGCCACGAAAAAAAUAAUGUGCGACGUCGACGGCCGUCGCAGCGGCGCAGCUCGGAAAGCUCGCCCGGAAUUUGAAGAAUUUAUCCGGCGAGUUAUUGCUUUUGCCCUGGUCAUGCUGGUUGAUGCAUUGCGGGCCAUUCUGCCGGACAAAAAGACACGUCUUUGUUUGUAGGGAUCGUCUCUGCUAAAAAAGGAACAGUAUCGGCAUGCCUUCAGAAGUUGAUGAACAUGACCACUGUCAUGCCUGCUAUGACAGUAAGUGCAACGCGCGCCUCCCAUCUUGCAGCCUCGUCCAGUGCGAGCUGGAUUGUGGGGCACGCUUCCAUGCCUGCAAGCAGAGCGAGCACGGCCUGCUCUGCAGCAACGAGAAAGUUCCCUGCUUCAACGCGGGUUAUGGCUGCCCCAUGCAGGUCCAACGCUCGCAGAUGUCACGCCACCUCGCCGGUUGCCCGGCCAGCUUAGUCCACUGCACCAUGGAGUGGAACCGGUGGCCUGUCUGCUCCAGCGAGCGCCAGUCCCGCCAGCCUGUCCCCUUCCUCACGGACUGCAACCGAGAGCAGCUGGACAUCGCGUUGGCGCUGCGGGACCAACGCAUGCUGACCAAGUCCAUGCGGGCGUCGGUCCGGACCCGGCGUAUCUUGACCAACAAUCUCAACCGGAGGCACCCGGCCGUGCCUCUUGCCAGCCAGCUGACCACAGACAGCGGGGACGCCGGGAAGGAGUUCAACGAACAGCGUGAGCUGGAGACCCUUCUACAGGACAUGCACCGGUGGGAGAACGCGCCCGAGAAAAAGCGUUCGCGGAGCCCCGCGGGUCUGCGGCAGAGCAUCUGCGAUGAGCUGUACCGGGCCAGCCAGGACACAGUGCAGCAGCUGUCCACGGCCAUCCACGCCAUGACUGGCGACGUGGCCUCCUUACCGGACCGGCCGGACUUCAGCCUGGGUAGCACCCUCUACCCGUACAUUCACUGCGCGCACUGCGAGAGACGCAAGGAACGCAUGGAACGGCUCAUGGACUCUCAUAAUGCUAUGAAAGAAAACGGUGAAGGAAGCCCGACUCAGGGCGCUAGCAAACCAACGACAAAUCAGAAUAGUGACGAGGGUCAUCUCCAAGACAACGGUCAUCUCCAGGACAACGGUGUGCAUCUCCAGGUCAUCAGUGAUUUGUUAACCUGGGAAACAAACGGAAAAGAUGAGUCAGAAAAACAGCCUCUUCAGGACUCGGGCCCUGCCAGUCUAGAUGCUCAUCAGGGAUACAGAAGCAGCUCGAGCAGUGAAGACAGCCUGAUCGACGUCCCCAUGCCGGCCCUGUUUGUCACCCCUUCCACCACGGGAGAGGUGUCGGCAGCGCCAGGAAGAGGCCACUCCAAGAUACUGGUGGUUGAGCCUCCUAUGAUGAUACCGGGGUCUGGUGUAGCCUCCUUUCCAGCCACCAACUCUGAUUCGCCAUUGCAGGCCUCACUGAGUCUGGACCUGUCGUUGGAGUCUAUCACCAGGUACCAGGCCAAACCGGACUCCAUGUACACAUUCUUAUGCGCACAGGUCUUCCGAAGGGACGAGUUUGCUUCCCACUUCCAGAACGUCCACAGCGACAUCCACGGUGGGCUGAACGGCUGGCUGGAGCAACGCUGCCCUCUAGCGCCUUACGGCUGCACGUACUCGCAGCGCCGGUUCCAUCCCGGGGAGAAGGCGGCGAGGGUCGUCCACCACGAGCACCUGGAGAGCUUUGGGGUGCGGUUGGACGGGAACGGCUGCCGACCGACUCAGUCAGAGGGCUUAAGCCAGGUCGACACGGUGGUUGAAAUGGAGUGGGUGCCAUUAAAUGGCAGCGACCGAACUGUUCAAAAGACAGACAAUUCAAAAGAGUGUGAAGACACGUUGAACGCUGAUUUCAAACCAGUGACGGUUUCCUCUAAGGAUAGUGGAUUCUCAGAACAAUCUGGCUUAGAGAGCAAGAAGUUAAAUCCAGGUGCUGAUUUGAUAAAAGAGGGUGGGGCUGACCAAUCAGAAGUCUCCUUACAUGCAAUGGACCAAUCAAAUGGGAGCUUAAACUGUACUGAGGCACAGCACAAUGUAGAGAACGAUAAGUGUUCUGGAAAUUCGAAAUCGGAAACCCACACCGACAACUCUGACUUGCCCAAGGCAGCAAAGUCACAUGACCCAGUGGAUGCAGAGAACCCAACCGUCCAAUCAGCGGCGCCAGUUCAAAAUCCCACCAGCCAAUCAGAAUCGGCGACUGAGAAGGAGCACCAAUUGGAGCCGGACUUUCUGAGCCAGCUGCCGUCCGAGAUCCUGCGGUACCUGACCAAGUUUCUGGACGCCUUCAGUCUGUGCAACCUGGCCCUGACCUCCAAGUUGCUGCGCCAGAUUUGCUGCAGCAUCCUUGAGGAGAGGGGGAUGGUCCUACAGCAGUGGGAGAAAGUGGACGGGCGGUGGGAGGUCGCAUACAGGGUGUGGCAGUUCAGCACAGCAUUCACGCCGGUCCGCCGCUGGGGUUUUGAGGACCACCCAAGCCUGGCGGUGCAUCUUGCCAAGUGCCCCUACAACGUCGCGCUGCAACAGACGGAGCCCGUACGCGUCAUGAUCAAACUUCCAGAAGCAACGGCAGCGAAGACGAACGGAGACGAGCAAGAGGCUGACGAAGCCAAGAUGGAAACAGGCAACAGGCACGUCGAGGACGGUAGCAUCACUCCGGUUGCUCCAGAGGUUGAAUGAAUGAGAUCUUGGUCACAGAGAUGUAGUCCAGGUCAUCACCGGUCCCUGCGAUUUCAUCACAAGUUCUCCAGUCCCAAUUCAACUCACAAGCUAUUCAAAUAAACUUUGACAAAGGCAUCUUUUUUUAUUAUUCAUCCCCUGUUACUUGCGACUUGACUUGUGUGGAUGGACUUGUGAUUUACUUGUGACUGGACUUGUGAUGGACUCGACUACUUCCCUGGAUCUUCCCUCUUCACCAUUGGAAGUCUGCUUUGUGAUUUUCAUAGUUUGCCUGAAGCGGUAUUUUGCAAUAGAUGUUUUUAGGUAUGAACUCCAUGCUGGAACAGUAGACAAUGGUAGAUGGCACAGUUUGACAACUCAGCCAGUGUCAUUGAACAUGGAGAAGGGGGGGGGGGUGUUGUAGGGUACAAGGAACUAACCCCCACCAACCCCUCCCCCC